GUCCGACCUUCCCUCGCUCCCGUCCGACCUUCCUUUCGCCGCUCAUCCAUCCUCCUCCCGCCACUCGUCAGUUAUUACAUCUCCGCCUCCUCGCGCCGCCGUUCUACCGCAACGCUUCACCUCACACUCUUCACUCUCUCACGCCGCUCAGUCUCUCGGAAAACAGCAAACGGCAAACGUUUGGUGGUUCAUUCAAAUACUCAGUUUCUCGUUGGACUGACCUGUGAGAAAAGAAGAAUGGUGCGUUCCAAAGCUCCCUCAAAGAAGCAGAAAAAGAGUGGCAUUGAUUUUAAGAAAAUCAAGCGAAAGAUAGGCAGGAAAUUGCCACCACCAAAGAAUGCUACGAACACUGAAAUUAAAUCGAAAGCUAUUAUUUUGCCUGAGCAGAGCGUUGCUUCAGAGAAGGCAGGUUUAGCCGUGAACAAAAAAGGGUUGACUUUGAAGGAGCUUCUCCAGCAAACAUCCCACUACAAUUACAAGAUUCGUAAAGGUGCUUUGCUGGGCAUUAGAGAUUUAUUCAUUAAAUACCCUGCGGAGUUAAGGUUACAUCGUUAUGCUGUUAUUGAGAAACUGCGCGAACGCAUUGAUGAUGAGAAUAAAGUAGUUUGUGAGACACUGUAUCAGCUUUUCAAGUCGGUUAUCUUCCCUGGUUGUAAGGAGGAAAACCAAGGACUCUUCAUUUCUUUACUGAUGGGUUAUAUUUUCAACGCAAUGACUAACUUAUCCAUUGAUGUUCGGAUGAUGGCUUUCAAAUUUUUUGAACUUGUUGUGGAGUUCUACCCUUCUUCAUUUUUCUUGCACGCUGAUAAGAUUCUCCAGAAUUAUGCUGAAAUUCUGCAGAAGAAUAAAUUUUAUCUACAAGAUAAAGGCAAGCUCAAGCAUGCUCUUACUGGGUUGGUCCAAUGCUUAUCAUUAUUGCCAUGCAACAGGAGAGAAAUUGGCUCAGCUAAAAAUAAUGUGGCAGACGAAGGGAUGCUGCACGAUUUUGAGCCUCUUGUGCCUACAGAAUCUGCUGGGUCUUGUGUCAUUGUUGAGAAAUUAGAGGAUUUGGUGCUUGUGUUAUUAAAUUGCUUCCAAGAGUUUAUGCCAGCGGUUCAUGAUGUAAAUCUUUUUAGUGCACACAUUUAUGACUGUAUUCUAUAUGUUGUUCGAAGCAUACAUCUUGCUGUUCAGUACUUCCUUUAUGGGAGUGAAAAUGGUAAAGUGGAAUCACAUUCUCCUUGUGAAGGGUCUGACACACGGUUGGAGGGGAAAAUUUCAUCAGCAUUGUUAAAGAAAUUGCUUUCUGUAUUUCCCCUUAAUCUGUUGCACCACAGCUCAGAGAAGGAUAACGACAGAUUACUAACACUGAACAUUGUCAUUACAGAGAUAUUUUUGCAUUCAAGCAAGUGUAUCAAACCUCCAAAUGUGAUAUUGGAAAGAUUUCUAGAAUUUAUAGAAAGUGUUAUGUUUGGAAAGAUUGUUGGUGGGACUCAAUCUGGUAAAGUGGUCAGAGAGAGGCAUAUCCUUCCACUACUUCCUUUUAUUCCUGAACUUAUUGCACAAGUGGAAAAUAGUUGGAGGUUCCGACUACUUCAGGGGUUUACUCAUGUCUUCAAAGAUUGCCACCCAGAGUCGUCAUUAAAAUUGGCUUGUUUGCAUGUCAUUGAAGAAAUGCUCAUUCCUACAACUGAGUUUUCAUGCGUGGAUGCUAGUUUUCCUGAAAUAGUAGAGCAUCGGGUGGCAUGGAUUAGGGAGUUGCCUCUGUUGCUGAUCCUUAUUGGUGACAAAUAUUCUUCUUGUUCUGAGGUUGUGUUGCGUCUUUUGCUUCAUGUGGGACAAUCCUCUUUCUUAGACUCUCCUCUGAAAUGGGAAUAUGACAACACACAAUUACUAUUGCAAAAAUUUUUCAAUACGAAUACUGCUGAAGGAAAAUGCGACGGGCCUUUUAUAAAGCUUCCGAAAGAAUGUCAGGAGCUCUCAAUUUGUUGUCUUUAUUACUUCUCUUACUUGGAUCCUCUUUUAUUGAAGUCUUUAGCUUCUUGCUGCCUAUGUCCUGAGUUGCAUCCAGAAAUAGUAUUUCGAAUUAUAGAGGUUCUUCAUUCAGCCUAUAAAGUUGGACACAUUCCUAUUGCAGACUACAUUAGUUUCUGUGCUACGCUGCUCUCUUGUUCUAAAGUCUCCCAAGGAAAUGAAAAUGUUGAAGCUGAAAGCAAUAAGGUCUCGAAUCACAAGACUUUAAAGUCGGUCAGUAAAUUAAUCUAUUCGUGCUUGUCAGAAAUUGGUGACAAUUCCCUCGUUAGGAAGACACUGGAGAAAGUAAUGUAGUCGAUUAGGACUUGUGCUCUGUCUUUACCCCUUUUUUCUUUCUUAUUGGGGGCUGUGUAAUGUGUAUUAAUAUUAUUUUUAUUCAAUCCAUUUAUUAGGUGGGUUUUGAUGUUA